AUGUCGAGGAAAACUAUAUUAGAAAAUUCUAAAAGAAUUCGACAUAUAAGAAAAUAUACCACUACUCCAGAUCCUGAACUUCCGCCAUGUGAUUUUAUGCCAAAGCCGUACAAGGGUCCUGACUAUGAUGCGGUACAAAAUAUAAGGCAGGGCCGUUUGGUGCCCUGUAUUACUUCCUAUUAUAAAAAACCAGUAUUAAUACAUCAAGGAAAAAUGCAAUGGUUAUGGGAUCAUACAGGAAAAAGAUAUUUAGAUAUGUUCGGUGGAAUUGUUACUGUCAGUGUUGGUCAUUGUCAUCCGAAAGUCAAUGCAGCUUUGGCUGACCAAAUGGAUUCUCUAUGGCACACCACAAAUAUUUAUAUGCACCCAAAAAUACAUGAAUAUGCCCAAAGAUUGACUGAUAAAAUGCCAGGUGACCUCAAGGUAGUUUAUUUUGUAAAUUCCGGCUCGGAGGCGACUGAUCUCGCCAUGAUGAUGGCCCGCCUGCACACCGGACACCACGACAUUCUGUCCUUCCGGAAUGCUUAUCACGGCAUGGGCACUGCAGCCAUGGGAAUAACAGCACACAGCACAUGGCGGUAUACAAUCCAGUAUCACAAGCUGUACACCAUGUAG